GAGAAAGAGGAGGCUUGGGAUCCCUUCUCCCUGUGAAGUCUUGGCGCAGUGGUGUUUGUGGGAGCACUAUUUGGAUUUGUCAAGUUAAAGAGGCCUUCAUGUGCCCAAUCAAAGGGUGACAACAAUGGGAGGGCAUGGAUGGCACAUAGAGAACCCAGGAGGCGGCGUGUAGCCAGGCGAUAGCUGUUGGAAGGGGGUGCACGUGAAACUUUAAAAGGCUCUUUAGGAAGGGUUCCAUUGCUAGCUGCUGUCCAUCAAUUUUUAAAAGGUUUUUGAAUCUUAGAAGAUUAGAAUAAAGGGAUCUUUUCCAAGAUAUGCCUGGGAAAUGAUGGUGGUGCGGUUACAAACUAAAUUAAUAGGUGCUUGCUGUGGCUCCAGUGAGUGUGCCCCACGCCUUUCAGGCGGAGCCCCUGGAAGUGUUUUCAGAUUUCUGCCUCCCCAAGCAGCUGACUGACUCAGCCUCCAGAUGCCACGUCUCCAUUUCCUUUCUGCACUUUGGAACCGCCAGUAAAACUCAUGUUCCCAGCAUAGCUGGAGUUCGGUUAGCUUACCAGGUGUACUUUUCAAAGACUUCAUCUUGCCAGUUGAUGGGGAUGGAGAGCGAGAGGAAGAGAGGAAGAAGAGGGGAGAGGAUCACUCCAUGAUGAGUGAGCCAUCGCGUACUGCAAACGUGGUUCUCAAACAGUUAAAGACACACUUAAAAUGUAUGUUUUAUUACUUCUGUAUAAAUAUUCAAAGCAGAAGACUUUAAAAAAUGCUGAUAAGCAAAUGAUGAAUGCCCAUAUAACCUUUCAGAUUCUUCUAUAUCCAAUCAAGCAUAGGAAAUUUUUUUUGUAUUAUUUAAUGAGAAAAAUACCAAAGCCAGUUGACUAAGAGCCAUCCUUUUCAUUAAUGGGGGAAGGCAACCAAAGGUAAGUUACUAUUUUCUAGGUUCCCAGUAACAACUUCCUGGAAAAACAGAAGUCUGAGAAACAGUUUCAAGCUUGUCAACAUCUGUCUUGAGUAGCUGUUUCAAGCCCUGCCCCUGCCGGGGACUCUGGGAGAAGCUAGAAGAGGGGAGCUCCCAUCUGUGGAAGCCAGAGGUUCCUGCUGGUGUGGGAGGGCAACUGGGGAGGCGGCAGGGGCCCCGAGAUGACCAGGACUGGUGGCAGCGGACAGCCAGCCAGGCAGCCUCACUCCUGCAGGCCAGAGUGGUCUGCUUGGGUGCAGAGAGACUGGAUCGCAGUUCACCUUCUGCCAUCCUGACAGACAGUGCAGGAGGAAUCUGAUAUGCUCAAAAAUAAUCAAUUCCCUUUCCUGCUCCUGUAAUAAGACACAGAUACACUGCUAAAGGGCUCUUGUCGUUUGUAACAGUGCAAGUUUCUGCCUAGAGGAAAGCAGAUAUACAUACAGAAAUGAUAGAAAGUAUGGUUUAUUACCAAUGUUUUACUUUUAUCUAAUAUUUUAUGGUGAGAUGUAUAAUACUUUGCACUGCUAAGGAGGAAGUUUAUCAAAUGUGUUAUGAAUUAUUUGUAAACCAUGAAUUCCUUAUUAAGAAUCAUUUCAUUAUUGAAAAGUGUACUUAAAUGUACAAUGUAAGGGAUAAGUUAGGAAAAACCCUGGUAAUGUAUCACUAACAUACAUGAAUAGUGUAUUUACAUAAAUCUUUUAUUAAAGCUUAGAAAUGCAGCUGAUGGUAUUAGGGCUGCCAUUUAUUUUCUGUUACAUAGUUAUAGCAUAUAAUAAACCAAGUUUUAUCAAUGUAUAUUUAAUGUGAUUUGCAACAUGCAGCAUGAGAUGAAUUAACUAAAGUUUAUAACCAGUGCUGUCGUUAGUGAAAUUCUUCAGUGCUUUCACCUGACCGUGAAUUCAGCAUGCUUGUGUUAACUUAAGGCAACUUUCAGAAGCAAGGGCCUAUCAAAAAUAUUCCGGUGAGGACCACGGUCUUGUAACCAGAUGCAAACGAACCAGUUAUUAACAGACAGGACCACGAGGGUGCUAGUCUAGGAGUGUAUCAUGCUUCACUGUCUCCUUUCUUAUUACAGUUGUCUGAGACACUGUUACUGUGGGCAGGGCACUUGCCUGCCCAGUGUGAGUGAGCCCCUAGGGCCCAUCGCCAGCAACCCCCAAACAGAAAGAGCAGAGCGACUCUCUGCCACAUUGCUCCUUACAGCCUGAUACCUGAGCUCUGUUAUAGCAGGGUCCUUUUGCUUGGCAGAUCCUCACCCAUUGUAAGUCCAGCAGAUAAUCUGGCUGGAGUACGAUGGCGGUGGGACUUGUUGGUGCUACAGAUGUGCAUGCUCUUCAUUAUCCGUUUUGCACACUCUUGGCGAGGCGGGGACCAUGAAGUGUAUGAGCACUGUGUGCUGGGCAUGUAGGACACCCCUGGGGGAGGCAGAGAUAUGGAGCCGACUGCAAACCGAAACAGUGGGGAACACGUCAGUUUAGGUUUGUGAUGCCUUUAAGGUGUUAAAGAGUGCUCGUAGGUACCUCCUUGUCUGCUUUUCCCAACUGUCGGCAGUUUGGAGGUAAUACAGCAGAGGAAACGACGGCCUUUUGAUUUGUAUCCUUAAGCAGUUAUGAAAGGCAAGGACACAGGUAUAGGCUGCUGUCACCUUUUCGGGUUGUCCCCCAGCCUGCAUAAGCGUGUCUGACCUAGUAAAAAGAAGGGUCCUGGCUCUCAACUCAAUCAGAAAGUGUUGUCCUUGUGCCAUUUGUUCCAGAUGCACAGGGAUUUGUGACACAGCCUUCACGUUUCUGAUGUUUCAUUUUUUUUCUCAGCUAAUUGCAAGGCUAAUGAUGCUUUGAAAUUUUUUUUUUUUUGAUACUUCUUUCCUUUGCUAGGGAAAAGUCACCAGUCUUUUGACCUGUAUGGAUAAUUAAUUUGUUUAAAUAAGUGUUCUGAAUGGGCCCCUGGUCAGCCAAAAAUAGCCACUCCGCGGCUGCGGGAGAACUUUCAGUUUCCCGGGUUGCAUGGCUGUGGUCUCCUCGCUGAGCAGGAAGCCCGGCUCCUCAGGGUGCUUGGUGGGAAGAGGGGUUCAGACACAAAGGAAGCAACAAAGCGCAAUUUGUAAUUUGUCAGCAACGCUGGAAGGUUACGAAGGCAAAGGCUCCAGCCUGUGUGACUCCGAAUGACACAGCCUGCGUGGGUUGUCACGCGUCCACGCCAUGCAAAAGGCGGCGCUGCUCAGUGAGAGCCCGGUGCUGCAGGAUGGGUUCCAGCUGCUGGGCUGGGCCGGGUCCUGGCCUCCUCUUCGGCCAGCUGUUGAUGUGCCAGGGGGAAUCUUCCCAGUCGCGACUGUGCAUCCCUGCUGGCUUUCUGUGACUGCCAGGUUAGCACUCUAUGUAUAUGAAUAUCUGCUCCAUGUAGGAGCUCAGAAAUCGGCCCAAACAUUUUUAUCAGAGAUAAGAUGGGAAAAAAACAUCACAUUGGGAGAACCUCCAGGAUUCUUACAUUCUUGGUGGUGCGUGUUCUGGGACCUGUACUGCGCGGCUCCGGAGAGGCGGGAGACCUGCGAGCACUCCAGCGAGGCCAAGGCCUUCCACGACUACAGUGCAGCAGCAGCUCCCAGCCCUGUGCUAGGAAACAUCCCCCCGGGAGAUGGCAUGCCAGUAGGUCCUGUGCCACCAGGCUUCUUUCAGCCUUUUAUGUCACCUCGGUACCCUGGAGGUCCCCGGCCGCCUCUGAGGAUACCUAAUCAGGCACUCGGAGGUGUCCCAGGAAGCCAGCCCCUGCUGCCCAGCGGCAUGGACCCCACGCGACAGCAAGGACACCCGAAUAUGGCUGGGCCAAUGCAGAGAAUGACUCCCCCGCGAGGGAUGGUGCCCUUGGGACCCCAGUCUGACCCUUGGUUAUCAUUACAGAACUAUGGAGGUGCAAUGAGACCCCCACUGAAUGCUUUAGGUGGCCCCGGGAUGCCUGGCAUGAACAUGGGUCCAGGUGGUGGCAGACCUUGGCCAAACCCAACAAAUGCCAAUUCAAUCCCCUACUCCUCAGCCUCACCAGGGAAUUACGUGGGUCCCCCAGGAGGCGGAGGGCCACCAGGAACACCCAUCAUGCCUAGUCCAGCAGAUUCAACCAACUCUGGAGACAACAUGUAUACUUUAAUGAAUGCAGUGCCUCCUGGACCUAACAGACCUAAUUUCCCAAUGGGUCCCGGGUCAGACGGUCCCAUGGGUGGAUUAGGAGGAAUGGAGUCGCAUCACAUGAAUGGCUCUCUAGGCUCAGGAGAUAUGGACAGUAUUUCCAAGAACUCUCCGAAUAAUAUGAGCCUGAGCAAUCAGCCCGGCACCCCGAGGGAUGACAGCGAGAUGGGGGGGAACUUCUUAAACCCUUUUCAGAGUGAGAGCUACUCCCCGAGCAUGACGAUGAGCGUGUGAGGGUCCCAGGCCCCUGGAAGCCCCAGAGUCGCCGCCCGCCCGCCUGCCCGCGGACCCUCGGGAGCACUUCCUCACCGCAGUGUACAGUGAACAGAUCUCAGUCGCUCCGAGCCCACCGUGUAGCUCCUGCUCUCUCCCCGUUUCCGUGAAGAAAGCGGGUCCAAACGCGAUUCACACAGCCGCACGGAGCGGCGCAGUAGAAUUGCCUGAGACCGAACUGCAAAUAAUUAUCUGUGUAUGUAUACGUGUGGGCAGAGGCUGCAUCGUACAUGCGGUGUCACAUGGACAUGCACGCACGCGCGCAUCGGCCCACAGGACAUUGUACAGUACGACAUGACAUCUUACGUAGAAAUAAGUAGGGACUUUUAUUCCAUUCUUUUUUUCACGUUUACAUUUUAAUUAUUAAAAGUUGCUCCUGCCCCCUCCUUGAACUAUUUUGUGCUGUGUAUAUCACUGCUUUAUAUAAGUUAUUUUUUAAGGUGAACUCAGAUGUUAUGGUUUUGUAAAUGUCUGCGAUCAUGGAUAGGAAUAAAAUCGCUUAUUUGAGAGCUUUCAUUAAA